GCCACCACCAUGCCGCCCUUCCUGGGUACGGAUCGCUGAAGUAGACGGCCCUUCCGACCCAAACACUCCCCCCCAAAAAUGCCCCCGCUCGUAACGAGAGAGAAAGUGUGCGUGCGGGUUAACGCUCACUCGGAGCGCCGGGAUCUGAGCCUUCUUCUCCGGUUCGUGUGACCGUGUGUGUGUGUGUGGGCACACGCAAUUGCCCAAGAUGAGUUCGACGACGGCCCAAAGACCCUAAGAAGCGGAUGCGAGACGCCACCCAAUAGGCCACCACGUCUGUCCCCGCCUCAGAACGGGAGAACCCAACCGGGCAGCAGCUUAAUUUCGCUCUCGCAGCCAUCGCUUUCUAUUGCAGCAAAGAAAAACUGCUCUCUCAAGCAAGUGCUCUCGAUGAUCUUCCCUCGCUUCAUCCCCCAAAGCGUGAGAGAGAGAGAGCGCACACUUCUCAACCCCCGAGAGAGUGAGAGCCAAAUUGCGUGCGCGUUCCCUGCAGGGUAGUAGUGGCGUGCGUUCUCUUGCACCACCGCCAGAAACGACGCAUCUCCCGUGGGAAACGGAUCGUUCGAUCAUUCAGUGUGUGCUGGCGAGGCGCGCGCUCGCUCGUAUGUGUGUUUGCCCUGUAGAUUUUUGUUGUUGUGGCGGGCCUGAACCGGGUGUGUUACGAGUGUGUGUCUCUCACUCGCCGGCCUGUGUGUGUGUGGCAGCAGCAAAGUUACGUCAGCGAAAUUAGUGUGUGUGAGUGUUUGUGAGUGAUUGUGUGUGUGUGAAGUGUAGGCCUUUUUGGAGUGAAUAUUCUAGCUAGCACCCCGAUUGCCAAACUCAGCCACAACGGCAACGGAAGUUGAUGCUGCGUGCCGUAACGAUUUGCGUAUGCGAUCAUACGCUCCCGUUUUGCGUGGGUGUGAUUUGUGUUGUGUGUCAUACACACAGAUACAUGUGAAAAAGUGCAUAGAAAACAAGGCCCAGAAGGUUGACAAAAAAUCCCAAAAAAAAAGUGUUUUAUGAAGAAGUGAAGCUGUGUCGUGAAAGCUCCGUGUGUGUGUGCAAGUGUAAAAUUGUGUAAGUGGCUGUUGUGUGUAUGGAAAAUGAAAUGCUAAUCAUCCCGUGUACGUCCUAUGUGUGUGGCAUUUAAUCUCCGCUGCUUUGCCGUGAGUUCAUUUCGUUGUGUGUAGGAGAGUGUGCGUAAAAAGAGUAAUUUUCGGCGUGCAAAGUGGUUUCUGCACAUGAGAAGUGUCUUAAGAAAAAAAAAGCAAGGUGGAAGAAGUAGCAAACAGCAGGGAAGAAAAUAAUAGGUCAGCAAAUUAGCAAAAAGUGCCACGUAUUAUCACCAGCCUCGUCGUUGAACCCAGGUUCGGGGGCAGUGUAUCAACGAUCAGCGCAAAUUGUUCGCUUCCUUCGUUUUAAAAGGAACGUCUGUUUGGUUUUGCUAAUUGGGAACAAGCUCCCCCCCCCCAUAGAAGAGGAGAUGAGCUAGUUCCAGCGAGGGGAAGAUAGUUCACUGAUCGUUCACCAAACGGGGGGCGAAAAUUUGGAAAACAAAAGUGCAAUACCAUUCCACAGGUCCAUCAGUGAGAACAGAACGCAUUCUCGCUUUCGGUGGUCCGUCUGCAGUUAGAGAAAAAGAGCAAAAUAAAUCUCACCUUCCCCUCCCGUCACGAUCACGAUCGUACUGCAGAGUGGCGUGAACAACCUCCUCCCUCCCCUACCCAUCUCCGUACAACCGGCGCCGGCAUCUUUCACACCCCACAGGACGACGAUUUCACGUUCAAGGCGAAGCGCGCGAAACUAUUCUCAGUUCGGCCUUCGAACACAUGCCGGUGUUCGAAAUCGGUUGGAGUCGCGCUGAUCGGCCCCAUUCGAGGGGGCCAUGACGCGUUGGCCCGUCCUACUGCUUGCACUGCUCUCGGUGGCGUUCGGUCAUGUGCCGGCCGCGGUCGCCCUAGUGCCCGGCCCGAAUGGCAUCGGUGGCGGCAGUCUCACGCCGAGCGGUUCCGGCGGUGGUACCGGGAGUUCGAGCGCGCCCGAAGCGUCUGCCUCGGCCGCCCUUCCCUUCUAUCAUGACCCGUAUCAACCUCAGUCACUGCUGCUGCAGCAUCAAUCAACGAACCAGCAGCACCAGCAGCAACAGCAGCAGCAGCAGUCGCAGCCGCCGCAACAGCAGCAGACCCACUCAUCCGGCUCGUACAUUACGAAGAUGCCGGAGAACUCGCCGCACCAGAAGUUCCGCAACAAUCGGACGGUGCUGACCCUCGGCUAUCUGACCGCGGUCAAGGGUGAUCUGAUCGAGAAGCAGGGCCUCACCAUCUCGGGCGCGCUCACGAUGGCGCUGGACGAGAUCAACAACGAUCCGGAGCUGCUGCCGAACGUGACGCUCGCGCUACGGUGGAACGAUACGCGCGGCGAAACCGUCGUCGCGACACGUGUCAUCACCGAGAUGAUCUGCGACGGGGUGGCGGCAUUCUUCGGCCCCGAAGGUACCUGCCAGACCGAGGCGAUCGUUUCGCAGAGCCGCGACAUACCAAUGAUCUCGUAUAGAUGUUCCGAGCUGCAGCGUAGCUCACCAAUUCCUACCUUCGCCCGCACCGAGCCACCCGAUACUCAGGUUACCAAAUCCAUCAUCUCGCUGCUGACGUACUACGGCUGGCGGAAGUUUUCGAUCAUCCACGAGCAGCUGUGGAAGAACGUGGCCACCUCGCUGGAAACGCAGGCCAAAAACAACAACCUGUCCGUCAACCACGUCGAGAUGGUGUUCGACAACUACAAGUGCUGCCAGGACGAUAUGGACUGCUGCCGUAGUGGAUAUUGGUACACGGUCAUACAGAAAACGAUGAACAGGACGCGCAUCUACGUGUUUCUCGGGAACAGCAACCAGCUCGUUGACAUGAUGGCCACCAUGGACGGGAUGCAGCUGUUUGCGAAGGGCGAAUACCUGGUCAUAUCCGCCGACAUGAUGACUUAUUCGCCGAAACUGUCGAACAAGUAUCUGUGGCGCGUCGAGAAGCCACCGAACGUGAAGAACUGCAUGGACCUGCCGGGGGACUUUGAGCGGCGCAGCAAGAGCUUGCUGGUGGUCGUCGCCUCCGAACCGCUGCCCACGUUCGAAGCGUUCACGCACAAGGUGCGCGAGUACACGCAGAAGGAGCCGUUCUUCUUCAAGCAGCCGUCGCUCUUUCAUCAGUUCGUAAAGUACGUGUCGAUCUAUGCCGCCUAUCUGUACGAUUCGGUGAAGCUGUACGCCUGGGCCCUGGACAAGCUGCUGAAGGAGGAGCAGCAGCACCGGCCGCUGACGAGCGACGUGAUCCGGGACGUGGCCAGCAACGGUACCAAGAUCAUACAAACCAUCAUCAACAACCGAACGUACCACAGCGUUGCCGGUGCGACGAUUAAAAUCGACGACUACGGCGACUCGGAGGGUAACUUUUCGGUGCUCGCCCUCAAGCGGGAGUUCUACGAGGAGGCGAACUUUUCCUGCGAGUUCCAGAUGCGACCGGUCGCGCACUUCCAGAUGCGGCAACCGCAGCACCUCAACGACACGAACCAGCACCGAAACGAUGAAAUUCCAGAGUUUAAGCUGUCCAAGGUGGGCAACGCGAUCGACUGGCCCGGGUCGGACCGGCCGAUGGAUGAGCCGUCGUGCGGUUUCAUGAACGAGCACUGCAUGAAAGACGAUACCCACAUCAUGUCGAUGGUGGUGGCGGGCGUCCUGGCCCUCAUCCUGUUCUGUGCCGGCGUCAUCACGAUGAGCAUCUAUCGCAAGUGGAAAAUCGAGCUCGAAAUCGAGGGCCUGCUGUGGAAGAUCGAUCCGGGCGACAUCAAGGGCUACUUCAACACGGAAAUCGUAUCCUCGCCGAGCAAGCUCAGCCUGGCCAGUGCCCAGUCGUUCGGGUCGCGGUGCUCGAACCAGGUGUUCACGCCGACCGCCCGCUUCCGCAGCGUGGUGGUGCGCAUCAAGGAGCUAAAGUUUUCCCGCCGCAAGGACAUCUCGCGCGAAAUCAUGAAAGAGAUGCGGCUGCUGCGCGACCUGCGGCACGAUAACAUCAAUAGCUUCAUCGGGGCUUGCGUGGAGCCGAUGCGGAUAUUACUAGUCACUGAUUAUUGUGCCAAGGGAAGCCUGUACGAUAUCAUCGAGAACGAGGAUAUCAAGCUAGAUGAUUUAUUUAUUGCAUCACUGGUGCAUGAUUUAAUUAAGGCAAUGAUCUACAUUCACAGUUCAGCUUUAAACUAUCACGGUAACUUGAAAUCGUCGAACUGCGUCGUGACGUCGCGCUGGAUGCUGCAGGUGACGGACUUUGGUCUGCACGAUCUGCGCCACUGUGCGGAGAACGAGUCGAUCGGCGAACAUCAGCACUACCGAAAUCUGUUUUGGAAGUCACCGGAGCUGCUUCGCCAACCAAGCGUGUACGGCACGCAGAAGGGAGAUGUGUACGCGUUCGCGAUCAUCCUGUUCGAAAUCAUUGGCCGGCGGGGCCCGUUCGGGUACACCGAGCUCGAGCCGAAGGAGAUCAUCGAUCGGGUGAAGGCGCUGCCCGAACCGGGCAAGGAUCCGUUCCGGCCCGACAUCGAGAGCGUGAUCGAGAACGAAAAUGUGUCCGACUAUGUGAUCAACUGCAUACGCGACUGCUGGGACGAGAAUGCAGACCUGCGGCCAGAUUUUCCCAACAUUAGGAAUCGAUUGAAGCGCAUGCGCGGCGGCAAAUCGAAAAACAUCAUGGACCAGAUGAUGGAGAUGAUGGAGAAGUACGCGAACAAUCUCGAGGAGAUCGUGCAGGACCGGACGCGCCUGCUCUGCGAGGAGAAGCGCAAGACGGAGGAUCUGCUGCACCGGAUGCUGCCGCAGCCGGUGGCGGAGAAGCUGACCAAAGGGCUCGGCGUCGAGCCGGUAUCGUACGACUCGGUGACGAUCUACUUCAGCGACAUUGUUGGUUUUACAGCGAUGUCGGCCGAGAGUACGCCGCUGCAGGUCGUCAACUUCCUGAACGAUCUGUACACGGUGUUCGAUCGCAUCAUCAAGGGGUACGACGUGUACAAGGUGGAAACGAUCGGCGACGCGUACAUGGUGGUGUCUGGGUUGCCAAUAACGAACGGAAACCGGCAUGUCGGUGAGAUCGCCUCGAUGGCACUGGAGCUGCUGCAGGCCGUCCGGAGCCACCGGAUCGCUCACCGGCCGAAUGAAACGCUGAAGCUGCGCAUUGGCAUACACACGGGGCCGGUGGUGGCGGGCGUAGUCGGGUUGACCAUGCCCCGCUACUGUCUGUUCGGCGACACUGUCAAUACGGCCUCGCGCAUGGAGUCGAACGGGGAGGCGCUGAAGAUUCACAUCUCCCAGCAGUGCAAGGACGCGCUGGACACGCUCGGCGGGUACGUGAUCGUGGAGCGUGGUCUGAUCGCGAUGAAGGGCAAGGGCGAGGUGAUGACGUACUGGCUGGAGGCGGCCACCGAGCAAGCGAUCCAGAAGAUCCCGGUCGAUGUGCGCGAUCUGCCACCGCCACUGUUCUGUCGGCCGCGUCGCAGCCCCAAGAUGACGUACGAUUCGCGCCAUCCGAGCAUUAUCGGGCUGCCGGGCGGUGGUAUGAUCACGACGGUGAGCGGCAUGGGCAGCUACAUGCCGGGCAGCAGGCGCCAGUCCUGUGCGCAUCGGGUCGGUGGAGGGGCGGACCACGAGAGCAGCUACAGCCUGCAGGGCUCGAUGUUUGGCCCGAUGGUGCCGAUGAUGCGGGCUGAUUCAUCGCCACCGCCCCGCCAUCGACUCGAUGCGGUCUACCGGGAGGGUUCGAUCGCACUGAUGGACGACGGGGAGGAUGGUUACUCGCAGUGUACGCUCGACCAGCGACCGAUGGGUCCGACGGCUCCCACCGUCACCACACUCGGGAGUAAAAUCGCCUCGAGCGACAACCUGAAGCGCGCGCUGUUCGGCACAAACAGCCCUGGCCGACGGUUGAGCCACAAGCUGCGCUCGAUCACGUCCGCGGACGAUUACAAGCAGCUGUGCAGCAGUAUGGCCGCCAAUGGGGGUCGAUCGCCCGAGGCGGCGUUACUUCGCGAGAGCCGCUCACUCGAUCCGUUUCCCGUGACGCUCGAGCCGCGCCGCAAACGGUUGGACGCGCUGACCAAGCGGGUGCCACGGCUGGCGAAAACGAUCGCCGCACCGUCCCGCACCGGCUCACAGUCGUUCGUCUCAGUGCCGCCCGCCGUCUCCACCAUCAGCCACGAAUCGAUCGCCGACAGCACGGUGCGACUGGAGGACGAUCAGCACCUACAACGGUUGAGUGGGUCGGGCCAUGGCAACGCCAAACCGCCCAACAGUCACGGCGAGUCACAGCACCACCACCAUCACCACCACCACCACCACAAGUAUCUGCACAACAACAACUGCAACGGGUCGAUCGGCAAUGGGGCGGCGGAAGAGCAGGCGACUUGUCCGCUGCUGACGCGACAAACCUCACUCACCACGCCGCAGGAGCACGAGCACCACUGCCCGGGGCUGUACACGAACAACAGCAGCAGCAAGCGGUGGUACUCGCUCGAGCACGUCGGCGUGCCGGACGAGGACAGCUGCAGCAAGAAGUCGCUCACGCGCAGCUCGCUCAAAUCCUGGCUGGUUGGGUUCAUCCAUGGGAAUGGCUUCAAGUCGAGCGACAGCUCCCUGCGCAAGGUGGGCGUCCUGCCGGUCGGUGUCGGCGGUGUGACCGGGUUCGGGGAGCUACAGCCAACGCCCGAGAAGGAGAGCAUGGUUUGAGGCGUGUUCCACUGCACUUCGAUUCCAUCCCGCCAGUGAGAGAGAGAGAGAGAGAGAGAAAGAGAGAGAGGGGCACACACAAGUACGUUUUAGAAACUGGCUUACCAAAACAAACAGACGGGAGUGGGGCAAUUUUACGGGGCAGUUACGUAUCGUUAGAGCGG